UGACGCUCCCAUUGUUUGGUUGCGCGCCGCGCUGAGCCGAUAUGGACACAACAAGCAGUGAUAGUAAACCAGACAAACAGCAAACAGAUGAAGGAAUGGAAGCGGACAGGCCUAUUUCAAGGUCUGACAGUGGGAGUGGAGGUUAUUACCUGGAUGGCCUCUCAAACCGUGUCCCCCGGUGCCCCUUGACCCCAUCUUUAUCACCACAAAAACGGACCACAAGCCAGUCUAAGACAGAGCCUCCACUGCUGAGGACGAACAAACGGACCAUCUACACCGCCGGCAGACCGCCUUGGUACAACGUCACCGGGACCACCUUCAAAGAGGCCUUUGUUAUUGGUCUGUGUGGAGGAAGUGCUUCUGGUAAAACCACAGUAGCCAAUAAGAUCAUUGAAGCGCUGGACGUUCCCUGGGUGGUUCUGCUCUCCAUGGACUCUUUCUACAAGGUGUUAAAUAAAGAAGAACAGGAGCUCGCAGCCAAAAAUGAGUAUAACUUUGACCACCCUGAUGCCUUUGACUUUGAGCUGCUGGUCACCGUUCUCAGAAAGCUGAAGAAAGGAAAAAGCAUCAAAGUCCCGGUGUACGACUUCACAUCUCACUGCAGACGCAAAGAAUGGAAAACUGUGUACGGGGCCAAUGUUGUCAUCUUUGAGGGCAUCCUGGCCUUUGCCAACAAGGAGCUGCUGAAGCUGCUGGACAUGAAGGUGUUUGUGGACACAGAUUCUGACAUCCGCCUGAUACGGAGGCUGAAGAGGGACAUUUCGCAGCGUGGACGGGACAUCAGCGGCAUCAUCAAACAGUACAAUAAGUUUGUAAAGCCAGCAUUCGAGCAGUACAUUGAGCCCACGGUGCAGUCUGCUGACAUUGUGGUGCCCAGAGGUGGAGAAAACUUUGUAGCACUGGAUUUGAUAGUUCAGCACGUUCACAGUCAGCUGGAGAAGAGGAAGCUCCGCUGGGAUAUAUCGGCUCUGGCCUCGGCUCACCAGGGUCAGCCUUUACCCAAAACCCUCAGUGUGAUGGAGAGCACACCGCAGGUCCGCGGCAUGCACACCAUCAUCAGGAACAAGGAGACUAACAGAGAUGAGUUUAUCUUCUACUCCAAGAGAUUAAUGAGGCUUCUGAUCGAACAUGCCCUCUCCUUCCUGCCUCUCAAGCCAGUAUCUGUGGAGACACCUCAGGGGGGCGUCUAUGACGGCAAGAGGCUGAGCGGUAAAAGAAUCACAGGUGUUUCUAUCCUGAGAGCAGGAGAGACCAUGGAGCAGGCUCUGAUGGCUGUAUGUAAAGACAUCAGACUGGGAAAGAUCCUCAUCCAGACCAACCAUGACACAGGCGAACCAGAGCUUCACUACCUUCGUCUGCCCAAAGACAUCAGUGAAGACUACGUCAUCCUGAUGGACAGCACCGUAUCCACCGGAGCUGCCGCUCUCAUGGCCGUCAGAGUGCUGCUAGACCAUGAUGUAGCAGAGGAUAAGAUCUUCCUGUUGUCCCUGCUAAUGGCAGAGAUGGGCGUCCACUCGGUGGCCUAUGCCUUCCCUAAAGUCCGCAUCAUCACCACCGCUGUGGACAAGGAGGUCAACGACCAGUUCCACAUCAUACCAGGCAUCGGUAAUUUUGGAGAUCGUUACUUUGGCACCGAUGCUCCGUCAGACUGGUGUGAAAGCGAUGAAGGGAUGGACUUCUGAAGAGAGAACCUAUCAGGGGAUGUGGAGGGUUGUUACAGUAAAGCACUUACAGCCAUGAAAACAGUGAAAAGACCCUCCUUCAUCCCUCACUGCUCUGAUCUGCUCCAUCAGGGAGGUGAUGCUGUAUAAACUGCUUCCUAUUCAAAUGAGUAGAACGAGUUCACUUCUAGGUCGGUGCGAUUACUGAUCUAAGUGCUACGAGCUAAGCAGAGAUUUCCAUUUGUGCCAGGCAGCAUUCAGUCCACUCCCCAUUCAAGUUCAAGUUUACUGCAAAGUUUAAAGAAGCGUUACUGUCAUGCAGGAUGUGGGAUGUUUGUUGGCUUUGAUAUCUUUUUACCCAGUUGUAAUUAUUCGACUACAAUCCCAAAACGUGCUGCCAGCUUAAGUUCAGAAUGCUUUAUUGUGAUGUAAAUAAUGUUGCCAGUAAUGUGUUUGUGUUGCUGAAGCUGCAGGCUGUGAAGCUUUGUGUGUUGAUGUGUUGAAUUCACGUACUGUCAGUUUACUGGAAGAGUUUCUUUCAGCAUUUUGCACAGUAAGCCCUCAUAAACCAGAUAUUGUAAAUAAAGCAUUGUUAAAAAAGAAAUCCAGCUGGAGAAUUAGCUGGAAAGAUUUGGCUAGGUUUUAAUCCUCAGCAGUUAUAAAAAAAUAUGUACUUCAUAGUGUUCAGUCGAAACCCUCCUACCUAUCUAAUCAGUAAUAAUCUAAUUUGUUUUGCACAAAGACAUGAACAGAAAAUAACGCCUCAUCUUUUAAGACAAGUCUCUAUCACAAGCAUUGGAUGUUUAGGGGAGGAAGUUUCCAGAGUUUGAGGUAGUUAGCAGUGUACUGUGAUUUUUUUCUUUCUUCGUUUUAAAGCUUAAAGCUUUCUGUAAGAAUUAUUAGUGUGUUACAGCUUUGCUCUGCUGAUGAAGCUACAGCUGUCUGUACUGUAAGAUGAUAUUAUCUCAGGCAACUUUCACUGAAAGGAACAACAAGGAUUCAUACUUGAACAAACAGUCAAAGAUUGUUCCUUAUAUUUGUUUUAGUUUUUAUCUGGCUGUACACCAGUAGGUUACCACAGCAGUAACAGAGUCCAUUAUUUCAUGUACAUGUAGAGUUUCCACCGCGCUUAGAAACAGUAAUUCUUUUAAGUUAAAAACAUUUUUCAUAAAUUAAAACCCUUACAAAAACAUUGAACGUCAUCGUUACAUUAAGAAACAACAUUUCACUUAGCUUAGAUGCUAAUUAAGUCAACCUAUAGCUAGCAAAUGCUUUGUAUUGCAUUGCUUGUCAAACUUUGUGUAGAAACCGCUGGUGUAACUCUCUGUUGUAUGUUCACAUCUGAACUUUGGUGACUGGCCAAAAAGGAAAAAGCUCAUCGUAAUCUUAGAGAUCACGACACCAGGUGUUACUCCUAGUGGUCAAAUGUCAUGAUUUUAAAACAAGAAACAUGCCGCACUUGUGUUAGCAUAAGAUAGGUAUAUUCAAAUUUAUUUUGUCAUAGGUUUUAAGUCUCAGUAGUCUUUCAUGUGUGAACUUCUCAUAUUUUCAGUUUUUCUGUAUAUAACAGAAACUGACCCAUAUGGGGAUGCUUGUUUGUGGUAACCUUGUUUGCUGCUGCUGCUUGUGGCUGUUUUUUUUUUUUUAUGUUUUUAUUUAUUUAUUUGUAUUGUUUGCAGGGAUUCUACAUCUUCACACAUUUGUUUUACAUCACAUCCAAGUCACAUAACCAGUAUAUUUUUGUUGUAAUGUUAUUGCACUGAAGAUCUGCAGACACAUUCGCUGUCCAGAGCAUAUCGGUGUAACACCAGGUUUAUUUUAACAAUAGGGCUUAUUUACUGGACAGUUUGACUCCUCAAACACAGCUUUAACUACCAUUUAAUAAUGGCUGUGUUCCUGUCAGGUGCUUGCUAGUGUGCAUGCUGUGUUUAUUGACGCACUAAAUGGAACAGAUCUAUUAUCAAUGUUUUAGUUAAACCUGUGUUCUAGUCAAAUGUCCACCAUGUGAAAACACUUCUGGAUUAAUUCUGUUUAUGUCCAGCUGUCUAGCCAACUUUAUGCAAAUUACACAUGUAAUUGACAGCACACUACAACAACAACAAUAACUUUUUAAAAUUUUAUCUGUACUGUAUGACACAACAAUAUACUCUUUUUUUAUGUGGAAGCUGGGUACCUCGCAUUGUCAUUUACAUGAAACUUUUGCUAAACAGUGUUGCUAAUAUAUUAAUUUUUAAGAAGGAUUUGUCACAGAAGGAAAAGCGCUGGUGUAACUAGUAACACUAAUACUGGCUCAGUUGUAUUUAAGUGGUGCUUUUGAGCCAGCAUUCACCGGUGCACCUGAAUUGAAUGCAGCCAUGAUAAUGUUACUAGUUACACCUGGGGUUUUUUUUGGGCACGUCAACAUGUCCUCUUGUGAGAGAGAUCUGUUGGUUUCACUUUGUUUUUGUAAGUUUCAAUUAACAUGUACAGAAUAAAUUUAUUAAUUUAAAAUGA